AUGGCUCCUCAUUUCCUUUUCCCCCCAAAUCUACAAGCCCUAGAGAAGGUCGAAGAACAAGAAGAUUACCAGGACAACCGUCUCUUUGUUCAGAACGCUAUCGACGUCUCUAACUUUCGUGCUUCGGAACUCGAAGGAUUUGUCAAAGGGGUAUCCUUUGAUCUCUCUGAUAAAGAGCUCUACUGUAUCGAAGACCAAGAUGUGUUUGAUCGUGUUUACUCAUCUGUCCGAGGAUUUUCCAGCCUCACACCAUCCUGUAAGUCUAUUCUUGCGGAAAGUCUUCGGUCUAAUUUCAGUGUUUUGCUCCCAAAUGUGGAUUCCCUCGUGCGAGUUUCACAAGCUCAGAAUGAUGAUGAAACCCCAAUGCUUGAUCGUGUCACUUCAUAUCGAAACGCGUUUAAAAUUUACUCGUUCUUUCUCUUCCAUAUUAUUUUGACCGAGGAGUCAAACACUGGUUCUAGCAACAACGUGAAGGUGACGGCAAGUACUCGUAAGAAGCAGACAGUAAACUCAUGGAAUUGGGAGUGGCAAAGAGGCCGCAUGCUUAACCUGAUUGCGAACUCACUAGAGAUCAACAUCUCUUUGCUUUUUGGAUCAUCUGACCCAGAUGAAAAUUAUCUAUCGUUUGUCGUGAAGAUUCAGAAACCAAAAAUGCUGUGUCAUAUCAUUGGGUCUUGCGCUACAAAGUACCACUACACCGAGCAAUCAUCUGCUUCAAUUAUGCACCUUAUUCACAAACAUGACUUUGUUGUUACCCACAUGGCUGAUAUAGUUGCUUUUGCUGAGAAGAAAUAUGCUGAUGGAACACUUGCAUGUUCCCUUAUCAGAGAGGUUGGGAGGACUAACCCCAAAUCCUAUGUGAAGGAUACGGCUGGAGCUGAAAAUAUUGGGCGCUUCCUGGUGGAGCUUGCAGAUCGACUACCAAAGUUAGUGUCGACUAACAUUGGACUUUUGAUUCCACACUUUGGGGGAGAAUCUUAUAAGAUAAGGAAUGCCCUCGUUGCUGUUUUGGGUAAAUUAGUUGCAAAAGCAUUUAAGGAUGUUGAAGGUGAAGUGAGUUCUAAAUCCAUUCGUCUUCAGACCAAGCAAGCCAUGUUGGAAAUUUUGCUUGAGCGUUGUAGAGACAUUUCAGCUUAUACAAGGAGUCGAGCUCUUCAAGUUUGGGCUGAGCUAUGUGAGGAGCAUUCUGUUUCAAUUGGUUUAUGGAAUGAGGUGGCUGCUGUUGCGGCUGGGAGAUUGGAAGAUAAGAGUGCCUUUGUUAGAAAAUCUGCAUUGAAUUUAUUAAUUAUGAUGUUGCAGCAUAAUCCUUUUGGUCCACAACUCCGAAUAGCUUCAUUUAAAGCAACACUGGAGCAAUACAAGAAGAAGCUGAAUGAGCUUGAACCAGUUAAAACGGCCGAAGGCAUGAGUGAUGGUGUUCCCUCUGAUAAUGACUUGUCAAAUGGUGAAGUUGAUAACGGAAAUGCUGAAGAGGUGACCAACUACCAGCCUGAGAAUUUAGUUGAUAGUUUAGCUGAUACGGAACAAGAGGUUCCUAGUAAGGAUAGUCCUGUUCCAGAUGUUGGGAAUUUGAAGCAAACUAAGGCCUUGGUUGCCUCCCUUGAGGCUGGUUUGAAAUUUUCCGAGUGUAUAUCUGCCACAAUGCCAACACUCCUUCAAUUGAUGGCUUCAUCUUCUGCCACAGAUGUCGAGAACACCAUUCUGUUGCUGAUGAGAUGUAGACAAUUCCAAAUUGAUGGUGCAGAAGCUUGUCUACGCAAGAUGUUGCCACUGGUAUUUUCUCAAGACAAAUCCAUAUAUGAAGCUGUAGAGAAUGCUUUCGUAACAAUUUAUAUUACGAAAAGUCUAGUAGAGACUGCUAAAAAUCUUUUGAAUCUAGCCAUAGAUUCAAAUGUAGGGGACCAAGCGUCCCUCGAGUUCAUUGUUGGCGCCUUGGUGUCUAAAGGCGAUAUUUCCAGUGGAGUGAUAUCCGCACUAUGGGAUUUCUUUUGCUUUAAUGUUAAUGGAACCACUGCCGAACAAUGUCGUGGGGCAUUGGCUAUCCUAUGCAUGGCAGCAAAAUCAUCCAGUGCAAUUCUUGGCUCCCACUUACAGGACAUUAUUGACAUUGGGUUUGGUCGUUGGGCCAAAGUGGAACCUUUGUUAGCUAGGACAGCAUGCAUUGCUAUCCAGAGGUUGUCUAAUGAGGACAAGAAAAAGUUGGUACUUAGUAAUGGCAGCCGAGUAUUCAGUAUUCUGGAAAGCUUGAUUACAGGCCUUGGGCUUCCAGAUAACAUAUGGUAUGCUGCGGCUGAUAAAGCAAUAGAUCAUGUAUAUACCAUCCAUCCAACUCCAGAUACCUUAGUUGCCGAUCUUGUCAAAAAAUCUCUUAGUUCAGUUUUUUGUGGUAGAAGAGGAGAUGCAUUACACAAUGACAUUGUCAGUGGUAACUCCACUGCACUUCCCACAGUCCAAGUAGCAAAGCUUAGCAGAUAUUUAUUUGUCACAAGUCAUGUUGCCAUGAACCAACUGGUAUACAUUGAAUCUUGUGUUCGAAAGAUCCAGAAACAGAAAGGUAAUAAAGAAAAGGUUGAUUCUGAAGGCACAGAAAAUGCUGAAACACAGAAGGAUAAUAAUAUCAAUGCUGAACUAGGUCUUGCUGCUUCUGAAGAUGCAAUACUAGACACACUUGCUGAGAGAGCAGAGAAAGAAAUUGUUUGUGGUAGUUCCAGUGAAAAGAAUUUGAUUGGAGAGUGUGCACCUUUCCUCAGUAAACUGUGCCGAAAUUUUGUUUUGAUGCAGAAGUAUCCAUUACUACAAGCCUCUGCAAUGCUUGCGUUAUGUCGAUUCAUGAUUAUAGAUGCCAAAUUUUGUGAUGAAAAUCUCCAACUUCUCUUCACUGUCGUGGAGAACGCGCCAUCAGAAACUGUUCGUUCUAAUUGCACUAUUGCUCUUGGAGAUCUGGCAGUUCGCUUUCCUAAUCUCUUAGAACCAUGGACAGAGAACAUGUAUGCUCGGUUAAAGGAUCCUUCGGUUUCAGUUCGGAAGAAUGCUGUUCUGGUUCUUUCACAUCUCAUACUAAAUGACAUGAUGAAGGUAAAAGGUUACGUAAACGAGAUGGCUAUACGAGUAGAAGACAAUGAUGAGAGGAUCUCUAGUUUGGCUAAACUCUUUUUCCAUGAGUUGUCAAAGAAAGGAAGCAAUCCAAUAUAUAAUUUACUCCCAGAUAUCCUCGGCAAGUUAUCCACCCAAGAUCUGCAGAAAGACUCUUUCUACAACAUAAUGCAGUUCUUAAUCGGUUCCAUCAAGAAGGACAAACAAAUGGAAUCACUUGUCGAAAAGCUCUGCAAUAGGUUUAGUGGAGUCACAGAUGUUGUGCAGUGGGAGAAUAUUUCUUACUGUCUUUCUCAGUUAUCAUUCACCGAAAAGGGAGUGAAACGGCUCAUAGAGUCAUUCAAGACUUAUGAACAUGCCCUAUUUGAGGAUUCUGUGGUUGAUCAUUUUAGGAACGUAAUUAACAAGAGUAAGAAGUUUGCUAAACCAGAACUGAAAGUAUGCAUCGAGGAGUUCGAGGAGAAACUCAACAAGUUCCACAACGAAAGGAAGGAGCAAGAGGUCACCGCCAAAAAGGCGGAACUACAUCGACAAAAGGUCGCCAAUGUUGAAACGUUUGUCACGAACGCAAAUGAUGGAGAAGAAAGUGCAGAGUCUGAAGUUGCCGAAGGUGUUAGCGAUGGCGAGGUUGCCAAUACAUCAACGGAAGAGGAAACCGAGACUCCGAAUGACGAACCGAGACAUGAACUUGUCGAGCCAGACGAACCUUCCGGAGCUUCGAGUGAGGUGACUGAACAAGAAGAGGAGACUGAAGUUCAAUCAUCGAGAGUCGAAAGGAGAGGGGCGUUGCGAUCCCGAGCUACAAGAAGCCAUGUAAAAGAUCUGAAGACGCCCUUGCCCGCAACCACCCAGAGAAUUAUAAGGUCCAGAAGGAAGGUAGAACAAUGAAAAUUAUUCAGCUCCAAAUAUUUGAGUGGUUGAAUAGGAGUUGAAUUUGUUUUUAAUGCUUGUUUGUAACAUCUAAGGUUCUAUAGUCUCUUGUACAAUACUUUCAUAUGAAUUCUCCAAAGGUCUCUUCACUUUGUUAAUGGGCGAAGGUGUUCGUAUGGCAUGCAGACAGAGAAUUGGA